AUGGUGACCUUUGAGCAGACAGUUUUCAGGUAUGGCCUCAAGGUCAAGGCCACCGUGCAAGAUCCGGCCAUACGCCUCUGCGCUCGCAGCGGAUAUUUGCGAGUGAAGACCUCUGCGCAGCACUCCCUUCCGAAAGGUGCCAGGGUUGUGAUGGUGGAAGACGCCUCCGGGGAGGAGAUAGAGCUGGAUGAUGAGUGUUGGUCGGCGCCAGAGGGCUGCCUCCUCGAAGAAGGAUCGCGUGUUACCCUCGAAGCCGUCGAUCACCAGUGGUCCACCGUCUCGGAUGAGCCAUGGGUCUCGCAGCUGAGAGCAAUCAUGGACAUCGUUCUGGGCAAGGGUGCAGAGAUCACAGGCGAUGUCGCGAAUAGCGAUGACACCUGGGAUGUCUUGGAGGAUCCGCCGCCAGCUGAGAACCCUGGUUGCUGCAAGAAGAUAGGUGCUCACGUCUUCGGACCUGACAUGAUGGGCCUUCACUCCUUGCCGCAGUUCUCAUUUGGGGACGAUGACAGCGACUCCUCCAAUGCAACGAAAGAUGGCCUCGUGUGA